UUUCUUCUCCUCGUUCGCUACAAACGCGAACAAUUUCCUAAAAAUCUGAAAAUUUAUUGCUUCGAGUAUGCUAAUCUAGCUCAAUUGCGGCGCGGCGAGUGUUGUGUAGUGGUGGAAAAGGUGUGCAAACUUCAGCCCGAUUAAGACUACGCGGCCGCGGACCGGGACCAUUCGAGUGCAGAUACAAUUGCUCGCCGCAAAAGAGUUAAAAUGUCUCCCUCGGAAACCUCGGCGUGUGAGGGUGAGUUUGCAGAUUUGAAAGCCUUCGAGAGGAGACUGACGGAAGUGAUCGCCUGCCUUCAGCCCCCGACGCUUCGGUGGAGGUUACUUUUAGGCGUAACAUCGCUAGUGACCUUCGUGGGAGCGUUUUACUGGUUGACCGAUCCGCGUACUUCAAUCGUGCCGCUAAUAGAAUCGCUUCUGAACCAUUCGGUCUUUACCAUCUCCACCGUCAUCCUUUUGCUCCUGUUUGUGUUUGGUAUUCACAAACUGGUCAUUGCUCCGCAGAUCAUCACCUUGCGAACACGGAACGUGCUGGCCGAGUUCAAUAUGUCCUGUGAUGAAACGGGAAAGCUGAUAGUGCGUCCCCGUCCGACGAAUAACUCACGCUACAUGGACUUGAGCUAAGCCAACCGGUCCAUCACGCAGCUUGCCGUCUUUUCGUAAAUUGUAAAUAAUACUAAAGUGUACUAAUUUUCCAACUUCCGUGAGCCACCAUGUAUUUAACCAAACAUUUUAUUAUGUUGUCGGUUCCCGCUGCAUUUGUUGCGAUUUUUUUAUUUUGUCUUGUGUUGUGACAUCAAGCGAUUGUAA